GUAAUAUUCCUAGGGGCUGGGUCUGUGACAGCAUCCCCCAGUCCUUCCUACCUGCGCAGCUGCCGGCGAGGUUCUCGUCUCAGAUGAGGGGAACGAUGCUCUCCACGGUUAUCGCGUGACCACCAUUUAUCACAUUUGGAGCCGGGCACAGGUUGUAGCCCACUGAGCCUGCCAUUAUUAAUCAGCCUGCUCUUUUCUACCUUUUCAAUAUUUAUUUAUUUACUGAUUUGGGGAUUUCCCGGAUUUUAAAAAACUAAACACGGAGCGGUCGCUUGUGCGAUUGCCUUUGUUUCCUGGAGAAGCGGACAGGGGGGGUGAACCGUGAUGCUGCAUCGCUCGCCCACCCGAACAGAGCGCUGGUAAACAGAAGACAUGGAUGUCAUUGACGGGAAAGUGGCCAUUCCUGUUCGCUCUAACCUCACAUCGUCCGUUGUUGAACGAUAGGCUCUCCUCUGCAUGGUGUUUCGCUGCUGAACAGGGCUCGCUUUCCAGGGAAACAAAUGGUGCAUGCAGUGGCCACCGGACAGCUCCGGCCAUAAAAGAGGACCAUUAAUAACACAAUUAUACACUUGAACACACACACAAAAGAACAUACAUAUACAGAGAGAGAGAGACACACACGCACAUACACGCACGGACCUACGCACAUACACACACACACACACACACACACACACACACAGAGCAACUGCCACGCUCAACCACACACACACACACACACACAUACACUUACAUACACACACGUCAUAAUGGCGCUCGAGAACUCUGUCUUCCACUCGCGUCCUGGGUCGCUCUCCUUGCCAUUGGACGGAGAGAGGGGGCGGGUAGGGGAGGGGCCAGACCCCCUGGACUCCAAGGGGGAGUCCUCCGUUCUGCUCCCCGCCGCCGCCGCGGCCACCACCACCACCACCACCACCAGCAGCAUCACCACCAGCAGCAGCACCACCAGCACCACCGCCGCCCCCGUCCCGGGAGUCCUAAACCCAUCCCAGGAGCUCGGCCCCGUGGUUACCACGGAGACGGACCCAUCGCCGGUCGAAGCGGGAGUAGAGGCGGAGGACGGGCCGCCCUUGGCCAAGGUCAAGAGGUCGUUCCAGUCCAAGCUGGCGGAGCGGGAGCUCAACGCGAACACGCAGCAGCCCAAGAAGAUCAGGGUGGUGGAGAAGGAGAGGGGUCGUUUCGGCUGGGCUGACAACGCCGUGAACGUGUGCAUGAACGGGUGA